CUCUUGUUCUCUAACAUUUAUAACAGCUUUGUUUGGGAUUUCACUCUUACAUAAAACUCUUUAACACGUAAGCCUUCAUUAAUAAGUCGGUUCAUAGCCAUGUCGUAUCACUUAACACUAAAACUUAUCAGUCUAUGCAGAGUGGAGGACACACUGGAUGUUUAUCCUCCGAGAUUUAAGUGUAGCCUAGUAUCUUGUCAGUUUUGAUGUAAAUAUCAGGGUUUAACCGACAGGCUGAAGAUAUCUAAAACAUGUCUAAAACAUUUUCCAGCCUAGAUAACGUUAACUUUAGCUUGUUUCGCACUUUCUACAUCUGUAACGUCAACCUUACAACAUUUCUGCGGUAUUUUGUCCUUGUUGUAAGAUAAAUGGGUAUCUGCUGCUGUUAUAUUUCAACAACUUGUUAUUUCUGAGUUGUUGUUUUUUUUAAGUUAGAAAUGACGGAUAUUUUGUUAACAGAGACCCUUUUACACGGCAGACAUUUUGACAUGCCAUAGUAGGGAAAGCACAGCUGUGUUUAAUAACGUCAGUGGUGGCUGCAUUCCACUUCGGGGAGGCGCUGAAAUUGUUCAUGCUGGUUCGCUGGAACAACUCACUGGGACACUAAAUGGAACCAAGCCAUCAUUAAUGUUAUCAGCUUCCCCUGUGCUCUUCCAGCUUUGACGAUUAAAAGUGUCUGCUGUGGAAGAAGUCUAUUAAAUGACAACAUACCUCAUGAGUAUGUCUCAAUCAUUGGCCUGCUGUCAGAGCUUCACUUCAGCUGCAGUCAUUUUUUUAAAAAUUAAUAACAUGUGUGAGUACUUUUGUGAUGUUGACACUGUUGUGUAGGCUAUAUAUUGCGCAAAUGCAUUGGCUUUGGCUUUUUUGUGGACUUUUUAAGCAUAAAGACAUGAAAACUUAUUUUAAACUAAACAUGCUGAUGUAUUUAUGACGUGAACUUAGUUUAGCCACAUUGAUUUAAGAUUGAAAGCUAGUUUUGCAGGUCCAAAUGAGAAAUAAAAACAGAAUCUGUCAAUUUGCCAAGAAACAUGCCUUUUCAGCUCUGCUUAUGGAUUCCUGAUACUCAAACAAUGUGACAAGAAUCAACACCAGGAUUCAAUAUGAAACAGGACUGAUCGGCAGACUCAGAAUCAAUACAUUAAUUGGACUUAACUCCCUCCAGUGUAACAGUUUUAACCUAUUUCUGUCCACAAGAUGUCUGCUGAGCUGUACUGUGCAAGUGAACUAGGCAAAAAUAAUGCAGGUCUUCAAGGCACCACGCUGGGGGGCAGCAAACCUUUACACCGCUUCAUGAAGGGGCAACCCAAGAUUACUGGUAUCGUCGUGCUGGUCUUGGGUUCGUCCCUCUUGAUUGUUACCAUCGCAAUCAUGCCAGAUGACUAUUUUCAGUUUGUAUCGACAGCCAUGCAAUCUGAACUCGUGCUGGGAGCAAUGUUGAUCGCAUGUGGGAUUCUGUAUAUUCUGACAGAACACAACACAACCAAGAAAACCGUGACCAUAUCGUUGGCUCUGAGCAUUGUGACCGUACUAGUGACAUGCUUGACUCUCAUGUACAUGGUGCCCAGCAUUAUUAGCCACCACUUCUUCGGUGAUGUUGAACUUGUUAUGGACAAUGUGACAGCGGCUGAUUUAUCUCAGGAAUCAUAUCAGGUCAUGGGAAUAACAUUAGAACACAUCAUUCUGGUCUACACAGUUGCAGCCGGACACAUUGUCCUUGUAAUGUCGUGUCUGGCUGGGGCUGCCCUGCGUUCUUCAACGAAUAGGGCCAUUGUAGUGAUGACUGCUACACGUGCUGAACCACCAGCUGAACAAAGAGCACAAGAGGAAGGCCUGAAGUGCGAUACUGUAAACUGAGCAGAGAGAGGAAAUAUGAAGCAUAUAAGGACGUCCAUGUAUCUAGAUGUGGGCACAACAGGAUGCGUCAUUCCCAAACACAGACUAUUUACAACCAGCAUUUUUGGGUUGUUGAAUACUAUACAAUACAGAUAAUAUGUAUGUAUGUAUUGCCUUGUAAUUUCUAUGAUAUAUUACUACUGCCGGUCCCACGUGAGCACUGUAUUUCCCUCUCUUGAACACCAGGCUCAAUUGGAUGUUGGCGACGAAUAUGAUAGGCAGUUAACUGCUACUUACUCUGCAGUCUGGCGUUGGCUGACCUGUCAGCACGUUGUGUUUGCACCACAGGACAAAGGUCUGAGUGAAACCAGUGUUCCUCUGAGAUAGUUAAAGAAAACUUGUGUGGGCUCAAAAACAUCCAGAUUAAUCAAAGGCAGACUUAAACAGAGAUAAGCUGACAGGUGCUCUUGUUACAGUACCACGUUUGAUAAUGCACCCUGUAGUGAGGGCUCAUAAGUUGUUUUAUAAAAGAUUUGUAGAUUAUUUACUUAUACCUGAUUGUGCUGUUAUAUACCAUUAAUAAGAAAAACUUUUGUUAUCCUUCACCAGCAUGGCAUUAUUUGCUUUGUAUUUUUAUCUGUAAUUCACCAGUAAACGACUCUAAUGGAUGGUUUGUAUUUACUUCUGAAUUACAUAAACAGUUUUUUUCAGCAGUUUGUCUACUUACCUUUGGAAAAGUGUUGCAAAACAUCUGGACCAGAAUCCAGUAUAAGUGCAAAGUUAUUGUUUGUUAUAUAAAACUUAAUCACUAAUCAUUAAUUACAUAUUAACAUUUAUAACUCCAGAUGAGUUACAAGCUUGUACUUAUAUGAGUGAGAAAUGUUGAUUCUGUAUUGAAACAUAUUCAUUUUUAGAACUACAGGCAUGUCGACUUAGUAAAACGUGAGCAUUUAUUUUGUUUGGCAUUUAGAAGUGCAUUACUACCAAAUGGAAACACACAAAGCCAUGUUAAUCCUGAAACAUUUAAUGAGUGUUUUUUUAUUCCAACAACAGAGCGGCAACAUAUGAACAUGAAGAUAUAAUGUCAA